AUGCUUCUUCCCAAGGGUGGUCUAAACUGGAAGGCCGCGCAGUCCACGCUCCCCCCUUCGAGGGCCGUCUGGAAUCUCGUCGCGCGCAAACGAGUCGUUGUCCUCGCCGCCAUCAUCACAGCCGUCAUCCUGAUAUGGCGCGGUGUGUCCAAUUCCGCGUCCGAAAUGCAGAGCUUCUACUGCUGGGGCCCUUCCAAGUCGCCCAUGGACAUGACGGCAAACGACUAUGCUAGAUGGAAUGCCCAUCUGCAAACACCCGUCCUCUAUAACCCCCACGCGCCGAUCGAGGUCAAUUCAUCCACCAUACAGCACAUCAACUUGAACCCCGUCGCCUCCACCACCAAGGCCAUUACCAACGAGGAGCGCGUCCUCAUCCUGACUCCUCUCAAGGAUGCCUCUAAGCACUUGCCCAAAUAUUUCGAUUUGAUUGCCAAGCUGACGUAUCCUCACCACCUCAUCGACUUGGCCUUUCUCAUCUCAGAUUCCGAAGAUGACACCCACGCUGCCCUCGCUGCCGAGCUGGACCGUAUCCAAAGCCGCCCUGACAGAGUCCCCUUUCGAAGUGCCACCGUUAUCGAGAAGGACUUUGGUUACAAGCUGAGCCAGGACAUUGAAGAGCGCCAUGCGUAUGCGGCUCAGGCCCCGCGCCGCAAGGCCAUGGCCAGAGCUCGCAACUACCUGCUCUACUCUGCCCUCAAGCCCGAGCACUCCUGGGUUUAUUGGCGCGACUCUGAUAUUGAGGAAAGCCCGGACACCUUGAUCGAGGACUUUAUCGCCCACGACAAGGAUAUCAUUGUCCCCAAUAUCUGGUUUCACCGUUAUGAGGCUAACGGUCACGAUAUUGAGGGGCGAUUCGACUAUAACUCGUGGGUUGAAUCGAACCAAGGCAUCGCUCUCUCUAAGAAGCUGGACAAGGACACUGUCAUCGUCGAAGGGUACAAAGAAUUCAGAACUGGUCGACAAUACAUGUGCCUGAUGGGCGACCGCAAUCAAAACAAGGACGAAGAGCUCGAGCUUGAUGGUAUUGGCGGUGUCAGCAUUCUCGUCAAGGCCGAUGUCCACAGAUCAGGCGUCAACUUUCCCGCCUAUGCCUUUGAGAAUCAAGCUGAGACAGAAGGCUUCGCCAAGAUGGCCAAGCGCGCCGGCUACUCGGUCGUUGGCCUUCCUAACUAUGUUGUCUGGCACCAGGAUACUGAUGAGAAGUUUGCCAAGGACAAAUAA